AUGCACCGACCAGGAUAUGCUGCGGUUGGAGGACAAAUGAUAAGAACGGACGACGAUGACAGCAAUGAUGCAAAACCUACAAUAUGUUUCGAUUCUCUUCUUUCAAAGGUGGCCAUGCAAUCCCCACCUAAGUUAACAAUUGUUGAUGAAUGUUCGCCUCAGAAUGUGGACGAUAAGCGACAUUUAUGGCGCAAUGGGUCCAAGCGGCUACAGGAGCGCCCUGUCCUCCAAUCCAAACAGGUGAGAAGCAACAAUAUUGCAGGCGUAUGA